GAACAGUCAACAGCCAGACCCAUUUUCAACACGCCAAGGAAGACGACAGAGUCUACAGGGAUCACAUGCUUCCAGUUUGAAGUAUGAUCCCAUAAAAGAGGCAGAGGAGUAUAUAAGAUGGAAAAAAGACAAGGCCUGUCUGCAGGUGAAAGUGAUUGAUGAUGUUAUUGGAAAAGGAGUGUUUGCAGGAAGGGAUUUUUGUGAAGGGGAGUUUCUUCUAGAAUAUGAUGGGGAACUGAUACACAGUUACCGGGAGGGAUUAAACAGACUGGAAAAAUAUCCCUCCCACAUUGGAAGCUAUAUCUACCUAUUUAAGUACAAAGAAAAGAAAAAGUGGAUUGAUGCAACCUUUUCUCGACAAAAAGGAAGAUAUGUAAAUGACGCUCCACUAAAUAGUGUUGAGAACAACUCGGAGAUGAGGUUGCUAGAAGUGGAAGGGAACCCCCAUCUUGCCUUAUUUGCAAGACGAAAAAUUUUCAAAGGAGAAGAAAUUAAAUACGACUACGGAGAUGAUGAAAAGUUCCUUCCAUGGAGAAAAAAGGAUCCCAAUGCAAAGGAAGAAAGAAAAGCAGCAAUAAAGGUGAAGGCGUGCUCAGUGCUUCUUGAGAAGCUUAACAUCUUGCCAUCUCUAGCUCAUGGAAAAAGUACAGGUGACAAAGGUGAACCCUUUAGGAUCAAAAUUUCCCCAGGAAAGAAGGGAGAACAUGGAGUUAUGGGAAUUCCUGGACAGGAUGGCCAAGAUGGAUUCCCAGGAUUACCAGGAAUUAAAGGGGAGCCAGGCCUAGUCCGUAUACCUGUUGAGGUUGGAAUGAAAGGAGAGAGUGGUCGACCAGGAAUUCCCGGGGAGAAGGGCCGUGUGGGUCCCAAGGGAUUCCCUGGGGAGCCAGGGUUUGCCGGACUACCUGGUCUACCUGGCCAAGCAGGUGUUCCAGGUGAAUCAGGUGUGGUGGGACUGCCAGGGCUACCAGGAGACCAGGGUAUUCCUGGACUGGAUACACCUCCUGUUGAGCUUCUGAAGGGGGCACAGGGAGAACCAGGAUUCCCUGGAAGGGAGGGAGAGAGGGGAUUACCCAGAGAAAUUGGCUGUGUAGGAAGACCAGGAUAUGAUGGGACAGAAGGAAUGAGAGGUGAGAGUAGUCCUUACGGAGCACCUGGAUUCCCGGGAUUAAAAGGAGAGCAGGGAGGUCUCAUUGUAGGAUUUCCUGGUCUGAAAGGAUUCAGAGGAAAAGAUGAUCUCCCAGGAGAGAGUGGUUUAGAUGGUGCCCCUAGAGACUUAACGUUUCCAGAGUUACCAGGAAGGGACGGAUUAAAGGGCGAUCAGGGUAUACCCGGAGGAGAUGGAUUGGUCGGAGCUCCGGGUCCUGAGUGUCAACCAGGGGAGCCAGGGUUGAAUGGAUUACCGGGUUUUGAUGGACUUCCUGGAAUGAAGGGAGAGACUGGAUUCCCUGGUAGAAACGGAGAUCCUGGCCUGCCAGGACAACCAGGAAUUCCAGAAGUGAAAGGAGAGACAGGAGAAUCUAGACUUCCAGGAUUUCCUGGAGCUUUUGGACGCCUGGGACUGAAUGGAGAACCUGAAGAGGUAGGAUUCCUGGAGGUCGAAGGUGACAGAGGUCAACCUGAUCUGCCGGGGUUACCUGGAAUCACAGGAGACAACGGAUUUCCAGGUGAAGAUGGGACGGUGGGAAGGCCUGGACAGAGUGGGUUCCCUGGUCUGAAGGGUGAACAGGGAGAGAUAGGGGUGUCCAUUCCAGGAGAACAAGAACAAAAUGGCUUGCCUGGAUCAGAUGGCUUCCCAGGGUUGAAUGGAAAGAAAGGUGAAGAGGGGGAGAGAGGACUUGGAGGAAUUCCAGAACCAUUAACAAAGAAUAAACCACUCAAAAACCACUGUGCCAGGAAAGCUGAAACUUAUAAAGAAGCAUCCUCAGAACCAUUAACAAAGAAUGGGAAGGCAAGGACAGAAGAAGCUCCUCUGGGUACUGAGUGUGGGGAACCAGGAACAUUUCCAACAAGUUAUUCAACUGAAGAAACUGAAGAAUCCAAACAAGUUCGAAAAAUUUGGUUGCAGAAAGAUUCAACAGAUUUCAGACUGAGCUGUGUGUAUGGAAUAAAUAUAACAGACCGUGACAUUAGAUCUCUACAAGGCACACAAUGGCUUACAGAUCAGGUUAUUGAUGCUUAUAUAAGAAUGAUUUGCCAAGCAGAACUGGAUAAGGGAAAACCAGUUAUGCACAUUCCAACACAGGCUAUGACUUCUAUAUGUACAAGAAGUUUUUUGCUUCAAGGCAGAGCAAAUGAAAAAUCACCUUUUUUCCCAAAGCAUCUUCUGACAUCAUAUGACGUAGUCUUGGGAGCAUAUAACCAGGGAAGGUCCCACUGGAUUCUUGUGAUACUGGAGCCAUCCAAAGGGAACUUCUAUUACAUUGACCCUUUUGGACACAAAGAGAAACAGGCAUCAAAAGCUCUGAAUAAUUGGAGUGCAUUUCUAAAUGAGAGGCCAACGGAACAAAUUAUUUCAUGGAAACUGCGCAGCAUAGAUCAUACAAUUCAAAGUGAUGGAUUCAAUUGUGGAGUGUUUUGCUUGAUGUUUGCUGAAAGAUAUUUACUGCAGCAACCUUUAACUGGGAUUGCCUCUUCUAGUUUGAUGAAAGAAAGAAAACGCAUUGCUGAAAAACUCAUGAUAUAUGAAAUAUAUCAAAAACAUGCUUGUCCUUGUUGUGGAAAUGGAAUCUUGAUCAGUGAUGAAAAGACUUCUUGCAUUUCUUGUGGAAGAAACUUCCACAAAAAGAGUUUUUGUGUGGGAGAGGAAUAUAUCAACGAUGAUGUUGUUAGCAUUCUAUGCAGGGGCUGCAAUCAAGAAAUGCUGGUUCAUGAAGAAGAGAGCAAAGUUUGUAAAGUGCCUGACAAUGGAGAUUCUUCUGAUCGAUUCUUUUGUGGAACAUGUCAUACACAUUUCAUAGAUAUUGACGUCUUUAUUCAACACAAACUGAAUUGCACACCUAAAACCAAUUCAAGGGUGAAGACUCAGAAGUUGGAUGAUGCUAAGAUUGAAAUGAGUUCGAAAGUGAGUGCAUCAGCAACAUAUAAUCCAGACAUAUCAGAAGUAUCAGAAUCAGAAUCUGUUGAAGCAGAUUCCAAGGAAGACGAUGCAAUGUCAGCUCCUGAGAUGAUUUCAAAGAAGAAUGCUGGUGAUAAAAAAAGAGAACCAAAAAGACCCUGCCCAUUUUGCAUGAAGUUACAGUCCUCAUUAACAAAACAUCUACAAAGAUGUCACAAAAACGAAGAAGAAGUUGAAGCUGCAAUGAACCUGCCAGGAAUAGAAAGAAAACGAGCCUUUAGAAACAUGAAAAGACAAGGAAUAUUUAAAUAUAAUGCAGCAAUAAUGAAGUCAAAGGAUGUAAAUGAGGAAACUAUGAAAGAAUUGUUGAAAGAGAGGGACCAAGGCACUGACAAGGAACUGGCAAUGUGUUCACUCUGUAAGGCAUUUAUCAGCAAGAAACUCAUGUACAAACAUGUCAGAAAUUGUAAAGUUGCAGAGGAAACUACCUCACCUCCUACUAGGGUAGUAUUGAAGGUACUUCAAGAACAAAAUUAUCCACAGGAUUAUAUUCAGUUUUUGGAAACAUUUCAUAAAGAUAAGCCCGGAGAUAUUAUAAGAAAUGAUGAAUUCCUCAAAGAAUAUGGACAUGUUGAGUUCCAAAACUGGAAGGGAUCAGCUAUCAAAGCAACAGAAAAGCUGAAUACCUUAAGAUCAAAAUUAAGAAGAUUAGCCAGGCUUUUCAUUCAUUUCAAAAGUAUGGCUUCAGAACGUGGAAUUGAAAUAAAGAGUUGUGAUGAAAUGUUUAAAAUUGAUACUGCUCCAAUGUUUUCUUCUGCUGUGCAGAAAAUGACAAAUUUUGACUCUGAAGAAGAAGACUUCAAAUGUGGAUUGAAGGUGGGAUUAAAAUCAUUGAUAAUUGAAGUAUGUGACACAUUGUAUGCUACAUAUUUAAUAAAAAGAAAAGAACUUUUGGCGAAGGAAGUGAAAGAGUUUCAGGAAGUUUUGAAAGUGUAUUGGAGAUAUUUUUUCAUCUCAGCUAGAGAGAUUCUGAUGCAAAAAAGGCACAGCCAGUCCAGAGCUCCUACACGCCUCCCUACUAUUGAAGAAUACCAGCAUUUGCGAGAUUUUACAAAAGCAGAAAUUGCAAAAAUAGUAGAGGAUAUUUAUACACCAGUUAAUCAGGGGAUAUUCUGUAAACUGAGGAAUUUGAUAUCCUGUAGGCUCACAUUAUUUAAUGCACGAAGAGGAGGAGAAGCCACAAGAUUAACGUUAUCAGAGUUAGAAGAUGCAUUCAGCCAUAAAUGGGAAGAUAAAAAUUUUUUCAAGAAAAUUGAUGAAGACAUAGAAAACCUAAUGUGCAGAAUAGUAUGCGCAUAUCUUCAUUCCUCCAAAAAAUUAGAACUUGUUUCAGUUAUUAUACCAGACGACUGCUGGAAAGGUCUGGAGAUGCUAAAGGAUGAUGAAAAUAGAAAGCUGGCAGGUGUCCAUCCCCAGAACAAAUUUGUUUUUGCCAAUACCGAAAACUCGUUAGGUCAUGUCAAUGGAUGGCAGAGUGUUCAUAACACCUGUAAAAAGGCUGAAAUGAAAAAAAAUAUUACUGCCACUGAUAUGAGACAUUACAUGGCUACAUAUUAUGAAUCCCUAGAUAUAGCACCUGAAGAACGGGACUUUUUCAUAAGGAAACACUUGGGCCAUUCAAGAUUUAUUAAUGAAAAUAUUUACCAGUGCCCACCAGCUUUAAGGUUAAUGGGAACUGCUGGGAAAAUCCUGUUAACAUUGGAUUCUCAUGAAGGCAAAAACACAGAUGAAAACACUGAACUGGGAUCAAAUAAGGUGGAUGGUGAAUUAGACAGUGAAGGAGAAAACUUUUUGGAGGAAAAAGGCAAAAACACAGAUGAAAACACUGAAAUCGAAUCAAAUAAGGUGGAUGGUGAAUUAGACAGUGAAAGAGAAAACUUUUUGGAGGAAAAAGGCUCUACAAGGAAGAGGAAGAUGGAGGGAAAAAAGAACUCUAAAUGCCAUAGAUCAAAGAAAACAAGGCAAGAAGGGAUGGUGCAUUGUGAGUCCAUAGCCAGUGACCCUGAUUCAUCAAGAGGUGAUGCUUUGAGUGAUAGUGAAGAGGAAGAAGAAAUAGAUGUAAAACACCUGCACAGAAAACGCAAAAUUGUCGAGUUACAAGACUGA